AUGUUUCUCGAUGGCGAUAGUGUUGAUUCUUAUGGGAAAUUGGUUUCUUGGGGGGAAGAUGAAAAGGCUCUGGAUUACUUGUUUACACGGCUCCACUUCACACCUGGGGAUGGUUUGCGGGUAUUUGAAAUCCAGCAACGCAUCUAUCCGUUUCUAGUAAAGUGUUGUGAGCUCAUACUUCAUGAUUUGGUGGAGGCUGGCAGCUUACUUGAUACUCCUAUCAUCGAGCCCGAAUCUGUCUCUGCGGUACAAAUGGCAGAUUUGGCUAUUGAGCCUGAAACUGUUCCUCCAGCAGGAGAAAUUCUUCCCACUCUUGCCUCUAUUUCGGCCGAAGCUCCAUACCGUCUUCCAGCUAACUUACAUUUUAAUCGCCUCAAGAGCAUAAUCGCCGCCAAGCGAUCCGCCGCAGAAGAUCAUAUCUGGGCUUUGAGAGAAGACCCUGGAUAUUUCGCUGAGACGAUUAUAGAUUGGAGCGAGCAUCGAAACGAUCCAUUAGCGGAUACUAUGGGUAACCCACAUCCAACAGGACCCCACACAGUGGAAUUUUGGGAGAGAGUAAUCAGAAAUGCCAUUGCAGAUGCGUAUAGCGGAUUUAUGAACUGGGACCUGCUUUUACGUCACGUUAAUCGUUUGAUUACCCUGCAAGAAAAGUUCAAAGAUCAGAUUUCCUAUGAAAAGCAAUUCCCUAAAGAGUAUUUGAUUGCUCUGCUUAAGUUCAAGCAACUCCUUCUCGUAAACUGUGAAACUCCUAUAUUUUACCUGAGAAAUAUACAAUCAUCACCACCGUUGAGGCAUCACUUUGUUCGAGAACCACAGCGGCCAGGUACGGUCAACAUGAUGACCCAGCCUAGGAAUCUUAACGAUCCAUUUUUCCACAAGCCGUGGGGAAUUUUACUCACACUUUGGGAUGCGGAACAGAGACAAUUAUUUGGCGUGACAAAACUCAUCGAUGCAUUUGAACAACUCAUACAGGACCCUCAAGAAAAGAAGAACAUGUCUCCGUAUAUUCUAGGUCUCUUUGCUGAUCUCAGUGUUCUCACGAGAGCGCUUCACGAAAUCGAGAUCUAUCAGCCAUGGGCAGCUACGUUUGAGGACGAGAAUGAGCAACACUCUAGAGAGGUCAGUGGACUUUUUGAGGAAGCAAAGUACACAAUGGAAUGGAUGGAGCACAUGGAUUACGUCUUGAAAGGCAUCGCCGAACUAGCCAUGCCUAAGGACGAAAAGUUCUAUUAUCCAACCGACAAGAAGCGAACUAGUCAAACCACUGAUGCUAUGAUAAAAGCUGAGCGGAACCUCGAUCUGUUCUGGAGCAGGUAUAAUCUUAAUUGGAAAAGGAUUGCUAGGAAGACCGUGGAUGCUAGUAUGGGAGAUCACAUACCAUCGCACCGAGGGCAACCACUAGCCAGAACGGCACCAUGGGUAGAACCACGCAAAGAGUUGAAAGCACCUCAAGAACCAAGAGGGCCACCAAAAGACCCGGAUGGAUCGUUCGGAGCUGGAUCCGGCACCAAAGACCAAAAGCCCGAACCAAAACAACAAAAACUCAAAACCAAAGGCGUCGGAAAAUCAAAAGAGAAAGACAACCAACAAAAAAAUAAUAAUAACCCCCCCAGCUCGCAAGUCUCCCCACAACCUCUCUUCAGGGUCGACAAACGCAGCCUCAAAGUCGUCCGCGUCCUCUUCCACGUGCCCAAUCAAAACGACAAGCCCGGUGAGAUUCCCUGGAACGAUUUCUUGCAUCUCAUGACCAGCGCGGGAUUCGCGGUCCAGAAACUAUACGGGUCGAUUUGGCAGUUUUCUCCGGUGCAUGCGGGUCUUGAGAGGAGUAUCCUGUUUCAUGAACCGCAUCCUGAGGUGAGGAUUCAAUUUGUUAUUGCGAGACGGAUGGGGCGACGGUUGAAUAGGGCUUAUAGGUGGGAGAGUGGGUGCUUUGCAUUGGAGAUAGUCUUUUUUGGUAUAGAGUGA